AGCGAACGGUCCAGAUUUUACCACAGGUUGGGGGGUUCACACACGAGAAAUCGAAGGAGAACCAGGUGGUCUUCUUCCUCUCGACGACCUCUUCUUCCCUUUCCUCUCCUCCGCCGCCGCUCCCCCGACUCCGGCGAGCCCCCUUCCCCCCACCCAUCGGCGCGGAGGACGUUGCCGGGAUGAGCGUCUCCCCUUCAACCGGACGCGAUCUCCCGGGGCGCUCCCGUAUGCCCUUGCGCUGCUAGAGAUCCGGGCUCUUCUCGGAUCUCAGGAGUACAAGAUAUAGUGUACCAGCUCUCUCUCAUUCAACAUGUGGAGUUUUGCGUCAAACGCCAUAGCUGGAAGCAUAAGGAAAAAAGCACAGCCCUCAAAAUGCAGUCAAUCCAAUCCUGAUUGCUCUGAUGAUGAUGUUUCUUCAUGUGCAAGUAGAGAGGAAGGCCUUGAAUGUCCAAUAUGUUGGGAAUCCUUCAACCUUGUUGAGAAUGUUCCCUAUGUCUUGUGGUGCGGUCAUACAAUGUGCAAGAAUUGCAUCUUGGGUCUUCAAUGGGCUGUCGUCAAGUUCCCAACCCUUCCUAUACAACUGCCUCUCUUCAUCUCAUGUCCAUGGUGUAACCUGUUAUCUUUCCGGCUAGUUUACAAGGGAAACCUCAAGUUCCCACGCAAGAACUAUUUUCUGCUAUGGAUGGUUGAGAGCAUGAAUGGCGAGAGAGCAAAGUUCCAUUCCCCUAGUCAUGAAGAGCGCCAUUCUUUAUGCCCUUCUGGUGGUGGCCCAAGUUCCAGUCAACACCAUCGAAGACCUGCUCCACGAACAGAAAGCGCCAGUGGCAGAGAAAGGAGUGUUGCUGGCAACGUUUUCAAUACUUACAGCAUCAGUGCAUCUCUCCAAAAGAUAAUGUUGUCUUUUGUUCAGAUGACAGCCAAGUUUCCACUCGUGAUAAUUUUCCUUCUGAUAGUUCUAUAUGCUGUCCCUGCAAGCGUAGCAGUUCUAGUAUUGUAUGUCCUUGUUACAGUUUUGUUUGCACUGCCGUCCUUUUUGAUCCUCUACUUUGCUUAUCCCAGUUUGGAUUGGCUCGUUAGAGAGAUCUUCAAUUGAGUUAUAUUGUACUCCAUGUCAUUACAGUUUAUAACUCAGCAGCAGAAAAUUUAGCAUUUGCAAUCUCAUGUGCUCUGGGGGAGGAUGUCAAGUGUGAUUUCUUAUCCAUUCGAUUGAGGCCUUCAGGGACAGUAGUUGUAAGAUGGAACUCUAAUUAUUGCAUUGAUAUACAUGAAUCACUCAGGUUUUACUGUAA